GUGAAACAAAGUGUAGUGUCCGCGAGAGCCCGUAGGAAGCGAAAAGAGAGAAAGCGGAGAAAGGAGAGAAUGGGGCGCCUGAAUCCACAACAACAGGAGGAAUAAUAACUCACUAAAGAGAGAAAUAAAGAAGACUGAAGACGGAGAAGAAGACGGAAAAACUCGCAGGAGAAUCAAAAACUUUUCCGGGGGAAAACUGUUACAGACUCUCACACGGCCACGCUCUGAAACAUGGAUACACUUUUCUCUGUUUGCGUGGGACUCCUGCUUCUCUUUUCGACAGUCUCCGGUCAAAUACCGACAGCUCACAUGGGGCGCGCUGAGAAGGGAAGCUGUACAUUUGACGAGGGAUUCUCCCAGUGUGAUUACCAACAAGAUCCCUAUGAUGACUUUGACUGGACACACAUCAACACCCAGGACGUGCCCUACGUCUCACCAGACCUGCCACAAGGUUCCUACAUGUAUGUGGACGUCUCUCAGUAUGAUGUUGGCGAAAAGGCCAGAUUUCAGCUGCCAGUCAUGAAGGAAAACGACACCCACUGUAUCGACUUCAACUAUCUCCUCACCAGCCCUGACGGCUCCAGCCCCGGCACCCUUAAUGUCCUGGUGAAGGUUAACAAGGGUCCUUUAGCCAACCCCAUAUGGAACGUGACCUCCUACACCGGUAAAGACUGGCUGAGAGCUGAACUGGCCGUCUCCACUUUUUGGCCUAAUGAAUAUCAGGUCAUAUUUGAAGCAGAGGUUUCGGACAGCAAAGCUGGCUUCAUCGCCAUAGACGACAUUCAGGUGCUCAGCUAUCCAUGCGAUAAAUCCCCUCAUUUUCUGCGUCUUGGGGACGUUGAGGUGAACGCCGGACAAAAUGCCACAUUUCAGUGUAUCGCUACGGGACGAGAUACGACGAACAACAAACUCUGGCUACAGAGGAGAAAUGGAGAAGAUAUUCCCGUGGCUCAGACCAAAAACAUCAACCACAGACGAUUUGCUGCCUCCUUCCACCUCAAAGAAGUCACUAAUCAGGAUCAAGAUCUGUACCGCUGCGUCACCCAAUCAGAACGCGGCUCCGGGGUGUCUAACUUUGCCGGUCUUAUCGUCAGAGAGCCUCCGCACCCCAUCGCCCCACCCCAGCUGUUAGGCGUCGGCCCUACGUACCUACUGAUCCAGCUCAAUGCCAACUCCAUAUUUGGCGAUGGACCUAUUAUACUGAAAGAGGUUGAAUACCGCAUGACAUCAGGCAGCUGGACGGAGACUCACGCUGUGAACUCUCCCAACUAUAAGUUAUGGCACCUUGACCCAGACACAGAGUAUGAGAUCAGAGUUUUACUAACCAGACCAGGAGAGGGAGGGACAGGCAAACCUGGACCACCACUCAUUACCAGGACCAAAUGUGCAGAACCUAUGCGGACUCCUAAGAGGCUGAAGAUUGCUGAGACCAGGUCUCGUCUGAUAGCGGUGGACUGGGAGUCGUUGGGUUACAACAUCACCCGCUGUCACACCUUUAACGUCACCAUCUGUUACCAUUAUAUGACUGCCAACAACCGCAGCAAGGCUGACUGCUUGGACAUGGACCCUAAAGCUCCACGCCACCUGGUGGGAAACCUGCCGCCCUACACCAACGUCAGCCUGAAGAUGAUUCUGACCAAUCCAGAGGGACGGAAAGAGAGUGACGAGACCAUCAUACAAACUGAUGAAGAUGUUCCAGGUCCAGUUCCCAGUCAGUCACUAAGAGCCACUCCAUUUGAAGACAGAAUUCUUCUUUACUGGAAGGAACCAGCUGAGCCCAAUGGAAUCAUCAUACAGUAUGAGAUCAGCUACAGUGGCGUGCGUUCAUUUGACCCUUCGGUGCCUCUCCAGCGGCCCGGCCUCACGGUGUCUCUGCCAUCAAACGCCACCUAUCACCUGUUUUCCCAGCUCCACCCGGGUGUAACAUACCAGCUCUCUAUACGAGCAUCCACCUCUAAAGGAUUCGGUCCUGCAACCACACUGAACGUGACUACUAACAUUUCAGCCCCGACAAUAGAUGAGUACGAUGGGUCAGAGGCCUUUCUGAAUGAAACUGCAACAACCAUCACUGUCCUGCUCAAACCUGCCCAGGCCAAGGGAGCACCUAUAAGUGCGUACCAGAUUGUGGUGGAAGAAGUGAAUCCUCAUCGGACACGACGCCAAGCUUCCUCUGACUGUUACGAGGUUCCAGUUUCCUACCACAGCGCGUCGAGCGGUGGAUCUCCAUAUUAUUAUGCCGCCCAGCUGUCCCCCAGCAACCUGCCUGAGCCGCUCCCCUUCACAGUGGGAGACAACAAGACCUAUCAGGGUUUCUGGAAUCCUCCUCUGGCUCCCAGGAAGAACUACAACAUCUACCUUCAAGCUGUGAGCAGCACAGAGCGGGAAACUAAGACGCAGUGUCUGAGGCUGGCUACUAAAGGUGCUACAGAGGAGCCAGAAGUCAUUCCUGACCCGGCUAAACAGACGGAUCGGGUGGUAAAGAUCGCUGGGAUCAGUGCUGGUGUUCUUGUCUUUAUUCUGCUGGUGUUGGUAGCCAUCCUAUUGGUCAAGAAGAGGAGGACCUACUAUUCAUACUCUUAUUACCUGAAACUGGCUAAAAAGCGUAAAGACGCCAUCGGAACGACACGGCAGGAGAUGACACACAUGGUGAAUGCCAUGGACCGCAGCUAUGCUGACCAGAGCACUCUGCAUGGAGAGGACCCAAUGGCUGUGACGUUUAUGGACUCACACAACUACAACAACAGAUUGCCCAACGAUCCUCUGGUUCCCACCGCUGUGUUAGUUCCUAUCACAGACGAGAACCACAGUGGCUCAGCAGCGGAGAACAGCAGGCUUCUGGAUGUUCCUCGGUAUCACUGUGAGGGAACUGAAUCUCCUUAUCAGACAGGACAGCUCCACCCUGCCAUCCGAGUGGCCGAUCUCCUGCAGCACAUCAACCUAAUGAAAACAUCUGACAGCUACGGCUUUAAGGAGGAGUACGAAAGCUUCUUUGAGGGCCAGUCGGCCUCCUGGGACGUGGCCAAGAAGGAGCAGAACCGCACCAAGAACCGCUAUGGGAACAUAAUAGCAUAUGACCACUCAAGGGUUAUUCUUCAGCCCAUAGAAGAUGACCCCUCCUCCGACUACAUCAACGCCAACUACAUCGAUGUAAGUGGAAACGCAUCGAAUGCUACUAUUGGCUCCCAACGAAACCAACGAAACCACACUCCCUCGCUCAUUUGGCUGUACAGGGAUGGCUACCAGAGACCAAGUCACUACAUUGCUACCCAAGGUCCUGUUCAUGAGACAGUCUAUGACUUCUGGAGGAUGGUGUGGCAGGAACAGUCAGCCUGCAUCGUCAUGGUAACCAAUCUGGUGGAGGUUGGAAGGGUCAAGUGCUAUAAGUAUUGGCCAGAUGAUGCAGAGGUGUACGGAGACUUCAAGGUGACUUUUGUGGAGGUUGAACCUCUUGCUGAAUAUGUGGUUCGCACAUUUACACUGGAGAGGCGUGGUUUCAACGAGGUGCGGGAGGUCAAGCAGUUCCACUUCACAGGCUGGCCUGAUCACGGAGUUCCUUAUCACGCCACAGGACUUCUUUCCUUCAUCCGCAGAGUGAAAAUCUCCAAUCCACCCUCUGCUGGGCCAAUUGUGGUCCACUGCAGUGCUGGAGCAGGGCGUACAGGCUGUUUCAUAGUCAUUGACAUCAUGUUGGACAUGGCGGAGAGAGAAGGAGUGGUUGACAUCUACAACUGUGUGAAGGCUCUUCGCUCCAGGAGGAUCAACAUGGUACAGACUGAGGAGCAGUACAUAUUCAUCCAUGAUGCCAUUCUAGAGGCUUGUCUAUGUGGAGAAACCGCCAUACCAGUGUGCGAGUUUAAAGCUGCUUUUUAUGAGCUGAUCCGCAUCGACUCCCAGACCAACUCGUCACAUAUAAAGGACGAGUUCCAGACUUUAAACUCAGUGACCCCGCAGCCCCAGCCUGAAGACUGCAGCAUUGCAUUGUUGCCUAGAAACCAGGAUAAGAACCGCUUUAUGGAUGGCCUUCCUCCUGAUAGAUGUCUACCCUUCCUCAUUACGAUAGACGGAGAAAGCAGCAACUACAUCAAUGCUGCUCUGAUGGAUCUGUCAGAAGAGUUCCAGAGCUACAGACAGCCUGCCGCAUUCAUCGUCACCCAGCAUCCUUUGCCCAACACUGUCAAAGACUUUUGGCGUCUAGUUUACGACUAUGGAUGCACCAGUCUGGUGAUGCUGAAUGAGAUUGACCUGGCACAGGGUUGUCCUCAGUACUGGCCAGAGGAAGGCAUGCUGCGCUACGGCCCAGUCCAGGUGGAGUGUAUGUCCUGCUCGAUGGACUGUGACGUUAUCAGUAGACUCUUCAGAGUCUGCAACCUCACCAGGCCUCAGGAAGGCUACCUGAUGGUCCGUCAGUUCCAGUACCUGGGAUGGGCGGGGCACAGAGAAGUCCCCGCCUCCAAGCGCUCCUUCCUGAAAUUGAUCCUGCAGGUGGACCAGUGGCAACGCGAGGGAGAGGAGGGAGAAGGAAGAACCAUAGUGCACUGCCUAAACGGAGGUGGGCGUAGUGGAGUAUUCUGUGCCAGCAGCAUCGUGUGUGAGAUGGCCAAGAGACAGAGCGUGGUUGAUGUCUUCCACGCCGUGAAGACCUUGAGGAACAGCAAACCCAACAUGGUGGACACUCCGGAGCAGUAUCGGUUCUGCUACGACCUGGCGCUGGAGUUCAUCGAGUCUUCUUAAACAAAGGAGAGAUGAGGAGGUGAAGAGGAGGAAGAGGAGGAGGAACAUCUUUUCACUUCCCUCGUGUUUGAUUUUUUGCUUUCGCUUGGUCCCUUCUCCCCUCUGUGGUGGCCGUUCUGUAGCAUCCAUUUUGCAUCCCUACAAAUGGCACCAGAGAAAUCAGCUCCUUGUACAGUGUUGUCAAACAAAAGGGAAAGAGAAGGAGCUGCUAGGGGUGCAGCAGAGGAGGAGAUGUUACUCCUUUUACUCCUUUAUGCUUAUUGUACAGCUUUUUUGAGUGCCAGCGGGCCCUUGUAUGUUUCGGGCUCCAUUUAAAUGUUUAGCCUCUCAACACAACCCCCCUCGCAUGGACUCGAUGCCUCAUGCUGUUUCAGCUGCAGUACUCCAUGUGCACUGUAGAUGUCUCCCUUCCCCCUCGCAAGCUGCAACCACAGCUUUUGAAUAACUGCAAGUUAAAGGUUUUCAGUGGCCCCACUUUCCUGCUUAACAGUGUUGGGCGUCCCAUCAUGGUGAUGUUUGAAUAUUUGCAGCCAGUACUUUUGUACAAGAACAAGAAACUUAAAAGGUUACAGCCUGGCCAAACUCUGUGAAUGCUUCUGUUUUCUACUCCAUACAUCAGCAGCAUCAUCUUCAUGUUAUUUUUCUGGUCAUUUCAUUGAACUGAGUCAGAACAUUAUUAUGUAUUUGAGUAUUUAAUAGCCACUUUGUACCCAUUUAUAUCGGUUACAUGCAGUAGAGUCACAUAACAGAAUAGAGACAGAAAAUAACCUGUUUGUCAAUAUGAGUUUGCUUAUUAGAUAAAGUAGUGUCUUAGAAACAAGCCUGACAAUGAAACAAAAACAGAAAGUUUACAUGGAGAGUAUUAGGCUUUUUUCUUUUUCUUUUUUUCCUUUUUUUUUUUUUUUUACAAUACCAUGAAGUGACAACUUGAAAAAUGUUGUGUAGGAUUUUCACUAAAAUGUAUACGUUCAAAAAAAAAGUGUGAUAUGUAUCAUUGUUUCUGUUUCCUGCAGAGUUGAUUUCUGAGUUCUGAUUGCUUUUGUAUUAUCAUUUACUGCUCUACUGGAUAGAAGUUUUGAAGUCUUCUUUUUACCCUAAAUUGUACAAACUGAACACUUAACGAUUUUUGUUCAACCAUUUGACAUUAGCUUAAUCAUGUAUUAUUUCAGGGCUGGGCCCAAUGCACUUUCAAUUCAGCCAAUUCACAAAUGGGAUAUUUUUCAAAAUGCAAAUAUCAACAGAUUUUGAGUAGGAGGGAAACAGCUGACCCUUAGAAAAGACUGAAAAUUAACGCUCUUUCAUGAACAGUAUCCAUUUAGGGUUUGAAGGGAAUUGGAAGUGAACUGACCCCAGGCUUCAUUUGUUUUGCGCACUGGUGGCCAACACUUUUCUCUUUGUUUGUAUUUUUUAUUUUGCAGCUGAUGUUUAUUCAUAAGCCAAAGACUUUAUGUAAAUAUGUCUAUAUGGAUAAAGCACAUUGUUUGUAUUUAUUGUUUGUUUACUUGCAUUGCUUGUAAGAACAAUCAUUCUUCAUUCCAUGUUUACUCUACCACCAGCGUUUCUUAAACCGCGGGUCAGGACACAAAAUGGGCUGCAAGUCUGUUUCCUCUGGAGUCUUGAGAGUAUUAGUGUGAUUUAAUGAGCCCAUAAUGGGUCCCGAGGUGAGAGACUACAUCUACUCAGUUUGGGUCCAUGAAGAAGAGUUUAAGAACCCCUGAUUGAAGCUGUAUAUUGAAGCAUUAGAAGUAGCUUUUCAGUAUUUAGGUGGAAUUCAGUAGUAUUGUCUUGUUUUCACUUAAUGAAUCUCUCUGUGAUGUUACCGUGGUUUAUUUGUGUAAAAGCCCAUUGCUCUGUUUGUGGUCAGUAGAACAUCGGUGCAUUUACAUGCACAGAGUAUUUUGGAUAAUAGCUCCUAUCCCUCUUAACGUCUUAGUCGGGAUAAGCUGUUUAUCUUCAUCCUCAUAUCCUGCUCACCAUUAUCCCUGAAUACACACUGACUCAGUGAUGCAAACAGGCUUAGUGAGCAAAACAUGCAGGACUGUGAAACAAAAAAAAACAUUUAUUGUGCCUAAUCAUUUGAAUUUCCUUGUUGAUACAAGUAUUUUAACAGCAUCUUAGAUCGCAAACCAGGGCUUUGUUGAAUGCGUUUUCAUGGACGAUCAAUGUUUUGAAUACCUUUUGGACCAUGAUUCAGCGUGUUUCCUUCAUCAGAGUGCUUCAUGAAUUCUUUGUGAGGCUUUACAGGCUUACUGAAUACCAGAUGUGUUUCCGUUUGUGCGCAAACUGAUUUGGGAAAAGAAAAAAAAAACUUUAUUGUAAAUAAAAUGUUAGAUGUUCCACUUGGAUGGAACAAGAGAAAUGCCCUACUCUUAAGGAUGUUAUUGUAAAUAGAUUAUCAUGAGUACUCUAAAAGGCUCUAUUGUUGGAUGAACAGUAGAGACUUAGAUGAUGGAUACAAAGUCAGAACAUUAGUUCUGUUGUAGAUAAAAACUCGAGAGAUUGUACUCCUGGAGGAUUCAACUUCAAAAGAUUUUGACAGAUAUUGUUUAAAAACAGUUACAGUUCCCACUGAAUAGAGAACUGUAUUCUGUUGGUAGAACAUCAGUUUUCAGUUUUUGCUCCAAAGAAGGGAAAGAAAAUGUAGAGGCCAUAACACCACGUUAAGUCGUACAUUGUCUUCACUGAUACUGAGGUUGACCAGUUGGACAGAGCUGAUGUUCAUCUCUACAGCAUGCAGAGAGAGAAAAGCAAAGCAGUCAAUGACAAGUUGUUGACAAACAGAAAUUAAACACUACACACUUAAGGAGCAAAACCUGUUAAGAUGCCCAUAAUUCCUCCUUAAUAAAUCUGAAGUAAUGGCCCUGAAGAGUAGUGAAUGAAGCUGGUUUCUGGACGAGAAGCCAGUCUGAGUAUAGAAUUGAUAUUCAUGGUUCAUAAUUAUUCUUGUCUGUAAUGUUUGGCUUCUUUGCUGUAAUAAAGACCACUUCUUUAAUUAAAA